AUGAACCCAGCCCAAAACUUAGUAAGCCCACUGAAGAAGAGCCAUUUAGGAGAAGCCCUAGAUAAGGGUAAGGCUAAGGUUGGGGAUGAGACUGGAAAUCAUGCUAAUUUAGUGAGAAAAAUAAAAGAAAGAGUGAGGAGCUUAAGGGAUGACAAUGAUGUGUUUACUGAUGAGGACGGUGAUACAGAGUCUUCUGAUUCUGAGUUGAGUGAUUUUGAGUUAGAAGUUGAUGAGGAAGAUGAGGACUUAUACUCUGAUGGCAGUUUGAGGGGAGUUACUGAAGGAGGGGAUCAUAGGGAUGAUGAGGACACAGGGUUUGACAUAGAAAGAAAUCUACAGUCAAUUGAAGUGAGGGUUGAAGAGGAGGCAACUUGUGAUUCUGAUGAGCUAAAGAGUGUGGAAGGUGAUUCUGAUGAUGAUCAGGGUAGUGUUACUUGGUUUAACCCUGAGACAGACUUUGAUAGGGCUAUCAAAUUUGUAGUUGGUCAAAGGUUUAGUGAUGUGCAAACAGUGAGAAAAGCUUUGAGACAGCAUGCAAUUGAAAAUAGGUAUGAGUAUUACCUUCUUCACAAUGAUUCAAAGAGGCUGACAGCAUAUUACAAAAGGAAAUGCAAGUGUGUGUAUAACAAGAACAGUUGUAGGAUAGUGAAGUGUACAUGUACUAAGGAUGUUAGGUGUAGGUUCAAGUUCUAUGCAACAAGACUUGUGAAAUCAGAGGCUUGGAAAAUUAAGACUCUAAGGCUGAAGCAUAGGUGUGUUAGGAGUAAAAUGAACAACAAGGUGACAGCAGAGUUCCUUGCUGACAGAAUAAAGGCAAAGCUUAUAAUAUAUGGGUCUUCAGCAGAGCAGUACUCAAAGGUUUGGGACUAUGGGAAGGCACUGCUAAAAUGGAACCCAGGGAGUGAGUGUAAUGUGGUGGUGGAUAAUAUUGGUCAAAUUGAAAGGCCAAUUUUUAUGAGGAUGUUUGUGUGCUUAGCUGCACUUAGGGAUGGAUUCAUUUCUAGUUGCAGACCAGUAAUUGGGGUGGAUGGGUGCCAUCUAAAAGGGGCAUACCCUAGGAAGAUCUUGGCUGCAGUUGGAAAAGAUGGCAAUAAUGCCAUCUUCCCAAUUGCUUGGGCAACUGCAGAGAUAGAGAACAAGGACAGCUGGUGCUGGUUUCUAGAGAGUUUGCUCAAGGCACUUUAUGUGUAUGAGCAAGGAGAUGGCUUGACUUUUAUGUCUGACAGACAGAAAGGUUUCAUAGAAGCAUUUGCAGAUGUGGCCCCCAAAGCUGAGCUCAGAUUUUGUGUGAGGCAUAUUUGGUCAAAUUUCAAACUGAAAUUUCAUGGUGCAACUUUCAAGGAAUUGUUCUGGGCUGCUGCUAGGGCAAGCACUCUGUUUGAGUUUGAGGUUGCUAUGGAAAGUAUCAAUUUUUUGGAUGAAGAAGCAUACCAGUGGCUGUCAAACAUUGACCCCCAGCACUGGUCAAGGCAUGCUUUCUCUACAAACUGCAAGUCUAACAUGUUGUUAAACAACAUGUGUGAGACAUUUAAUGAAGUGAUUAGAGAUGUCAGAGACAAGCCUAUUCUAACUCAAAUGGAAUGGCUUAGAAGAUAUAUGAUGAAGAGGAGUAAUGACAAAUGGGAGGCAGCAAAGUCUUGGGAAGGUUUACUAACCCCAUUUGUCAACAAGGUCUUUGAUGGGUUGGAGAAGUAUGCCAGGACAUGUGAGGUUACAACUUCAAGGGAUGAAAUUUAUGAGGUGAAAUACAAGGAUGAUCAGUGCAUUGUGGUUCUACAAGAGAGAAAAUGCACUUGUUUUAGAUGGGAGUUGACAGGAAUACCUUGUGUCCAUGCAUUUGCUUGCAUAAUGGACAAAAGGGAUGAUCCUGAGUUGUAUGUGCACCCACAUUACUAUAGGGUGACAUACUUGGCUGCAUAUGAGAACCCAAUACAGCCAAUGCCUGGUCCUAAGAAUUGGGAAAAGGUCAAGCUCAGACAGCCUUUGCCACCUGUGCUGAAAGUGCAGACAGGAAGACCUAAGGCAAAAAAGAGAAAGCUUGAACCAGGGGAGGGCACUUCUGCAGCACCUGAGGGCAAGAAGCCAAAGGUGAAGAAACAAUGCAAGAACUGUGGUGGGUUUGGCCACUUUGCCAAAACAUGCAAGGCUGAAGCAGCACCAAAACAACCUAACCCACCUGCAACAAAUCCAAAGGGUGGGAGGCCACAGAUGCAGACUCCUUGGCUUAAGGAACAGAGGAAGAAAAGUGAAGAGAAAGCAGCAAGACAAGUUGCACUGAAGUUGCCACAAUAUCAGCCUCCAACAACAGCAGAGGCUGGGUCAAGUAAUGCUGCACCUGCAACUGCUGUGUCAAGCCAGCCUGCAACAAGAACAGAGCCUUUGCCAACUCAGCCUGUUACCAGGAGCAAGAAGAGCCUAAGUCAGCCCACAAGAGUGCCAGCAACUACCCCUCCCAAAGUCAAAAUACAAACCAGGUCCAAGCUUCAUGUAAUGAGAAGCAAGAAGGACAAGGAUCUCAAUCAACUGUGA